AUGCGCAAGAUCUCGUCGCUUUUCGCGGCCGCGGCCGGCCUCGUGUUUGCAGCGCUGCUGUCGUCCGCCGCAGCGCAAAGCUGCACCGCCUCGACGCUCGCGGGCUACGACUGCAUGUCGACGCGGCCGUUCGGCGACAUCGUCAUCCACUGGGUCGAGCCGUCCGCCGCCGUCGCAAGCAGCAACACGCCGACCGUCACGCUCGCCAUCCAGGGCCCGGAGCGCAGCUACAUCGCCCUCGGCUGGUCCCAGAACGGGUUCAUGGUGCCUGGGUACGCGGUGUUCGGCUGGACGGACGGCGCGACGGGCACGGUGCAGGUCCGCAGGCUGUCGGGCAAGUCGUCGUCCUCGGUGACGCAGGGCAGCGACGUGACGCUCACGAACGAGAGCAUCGAGGUCAGUGGCGGGCGGUACACCAUGCGCUUCACCGUCGAGGCCGCGGGCAGCGGGAACUCGGCGGAGCUCCCGCUGCUCAGCCCCACGGGCUCGAACAGGUUCAUCUGGGCGCUAGGGUCGUCGUCCAACCCCAAGGGCACCAUCGCGACGCACGCGACGCGCGAGACGAACGUGCAGCUGACGAUCAACCAGGCCACGAACGCGCCGCAGGCCACGAACGCGCCGCAGGCCACGACCGUCGCGCCGACGACGGCGCCGCCUGCGUCCGGGUGCGGCGACGCGCAGGCGUCGACUCUGGCCAGCGCGGGCUUCACAUGCAUGACGUCGCCCAGCGCAGGCGUCAACGUGCACUGGGCGACGCCGAACGCCGGGGCUGCGAGCGUGCGGUUCGCGAUGGAGGCCGCGGACACGUCGUACAUCUCCGUCGGGUUCGCGCAGUCGCCCGGCGUGAUGAUCGGCAGCACCGCCGUCAUCGCGUGGGUGGACAACGGCGUGGCGUCGAUCCGCGCGUACGAGCUGCAGUCCAAGGUGCAGGCCGGGAUCGUGCCGAGCUCGUCCGUCGCGCUCACCGACGCGUCCGUGCAGCUCGUCGGCGGCAACCUGCUGAUGCAGUUCACCAUCCCGACGGCGCGGCGGCGCGGCGGACGCGCGCUGCAGAGCCUCCCGACGACGUCGGGCGCCACGCAGAUGCACUGGUCGCUCGGCAGCGCCGGGAACCCGAAGGGGCAGCUCACCACGCACGCGACGCGCGGGUCGUUUGCGGUGUCGCUGGAGAGCGGCGCGGUGGCGUCGGUGGAGAACCCGCUGCACGACGUGUACGUCACGCACGGGGCGCUGGCGCUCACGGCGUUCGCGUUCCUGUACCCGGUCGCCGUGGCGUUCGCGGCGUUCCGCAGCGGCAUGCGGGAGGCGAAGAGUCCGUGGGGCACGGACGUGUGGUUCGAGGUGCACCGGGCGUGCUCGACCAUCGCGCCCAUCCUGGCGCUGAGCACGCUGAUCUACAUGAUCAUGGAAAUGAAGGACAGCGGGGGCCACACGCACGACACCAUCCUCGACGUGCACGUCGCGUUCUCGUACGUGCUCGUGGCGCUGGGCGGCGCCAACGCGAUCAGCGGGUGGCUCCGUCCGGGCUUUGACAAGAGCUGGCGGAAGAUCUGGUUCUGGGCGCACCGCGUGACGGGGAUGACCGUGGUGCUCCUCGGCAUCGUGCAGUGCUGCCUGGGCAUGAGCCUGAUGGCGGACCGCGACGACGACACGGACGGCAUGAUCGCCGCGUUCGGCGUGUUUGGUGGGGUGGCGCUGGUGACGGCUGUCGCGCUCGCCGUGUCGGCGGCGACGUACGCGCCCGCCGCGGUCAAGGACACGUCGCACAACGGCACCAACGUGCAGGCGUGGUCGUGA